UUUAAGAAGUUAUGUUGUUGAACUCUAAAUGGUAAUCCACUCCAGAGUCAGCCCACUGGUGAAGGUUGUGGACCAAACCCAAUGUGAAGCCCCAACUAGCGACAAGCUCCUCCAUUUCCUCCUAAAUGAUGCCUUAACAGGAAACAGUAAGACGGUCCUUAUCUACUGCAUCCACCCUCAAGGUCUUCUAGAUGACGAGACCCCCUCUGCCUUAGCUUUGGCUCAGAAAGCUAGAAGUUUGGUAACUAAGGCCACUGCUGAGCGUUGGUGUCCGAGGGCAACAGAGCAAGAGAUCAGGGAUAACAUCAUGGAGCUGAGAACCAGAAUGAUGUCAGAGGGGGAAAAUGAAGUUCAGGACACCUACAGGCUGGCAGAGCUGACCCAGAAUCUGCAGAUUGUGAAAAAUCAAUCGUGGGAGAAGAGAAGGGAAGAGACAAAGAAGAUAAAAGGCAAAAUACAGGUUUCUACCAAAAUGAUUUUCUUUUCUUCAUGAAAAUGAUAAGAAAUUAUGUGUAUUCCAAACAUAAGCACCAUGUUUUGUAUCGAUCUGGCAGAGUUGUCGGACCCCAAAUAGCAAUUGGCACAGCAGUGAUCAUAGAGAGAGUACAGACACAGUGAAAUGUUUACAAGACCAGCUGAAACAAGAAAUGGAAGCACAUAUCCGAGAGGGCAAAGGGAAUAUAGAGAAAGUCCAAGAGAGAGUAGCGAGAAUCCAGCAGCUGAGGGAGGCUCUGAGAGAGGAGACACUGAAGAACGGGGUUGCUAUGGAGAAAUCUGACCUCUGUCAACAAUCUCAGUUGGAAUACAACAAAGCACAGGAGCGGAGGAGGCAACUUAAGGAGGACCGUGGGAGAUUAAUUCAAGAGGAGGUGGAGAAGAUGGAGAGGGACUUGGCAGAGGAAUUGACGCAAGGCCCUGAGAGAGAGCUGCUAGUGCUGACCAGAGAGAGGCGGGUCCUGGUGCUGCAGAUAGAGGCCCUGCGUGCUGAAGCCCAAGAGGCUGAGAAAGACCUGCAGAAUCAAUAUCACCGACACCAAACAGAGCUGCAUUGUCUUAAAGAAGAGAGCCUGCAGGUGUUCAGAGUCUUUCGUCAGGUAAGCGAGGAGCAAAGGAAGAUGUCAGAGGGCAGAUACAGAAGUGUGCUGCUGGAGGCUGUGCAAGAUGCCGUUUACUUGUCUGCCCAGAACCAGCAGCUGCAAGCUGAGAACAAACAACUCCGUAAAGCACUGGGAGAGUUGAAGGACACUCUGGCUGUGCGAGGUGAUCCUAAGGCUGAACAAUGAAGUUCAUGAAUCAGUGUGCG